AAAAAUAAUUUUAUGAGACUUGUUUAAUAUUUUAUCUAGUCAUUGUUUGGGAACCACAUUUUUUUAUUGUUGUUAGCAUUUUGGACAAAAAUUGUAAUGAUAUAAAUUAGUUUUGAAAACGCCGGCCCAGGUCCUCGGGCUAACAAUUUAUAUCAAGAUCCUGGCGGGAUCCUUAUUUGUUCAUCCUCAGAAGAGCACAGAAGGUUCAUCAAUGGAGAGGCUGAGUAAAGAGGGUCAAUCCAGCGGUGGGGUAGCGGCCGCGGCCGCGGCGGAGGCUGUAGUGAUAGGGGGUAUGGUGUUGGAUAUAAAUUGCAGUCCUGCGGUUCCUGCUAAUCCCGGGACAACCACUCCUGGAAAGAUUAUAUAUACAUUAGGUGGUGUUGCAAGGAAUAUAGCUGAAUGCAUGUCAAAGCUUGGAGCAAAGCCAAACCUAAUAAGUGCUGUGGGAUUUGACAUGGCAGGUGAUGAGUAUGAGUACUAUUUUACAUGAAUCGGGCAAAGAAAGGUUUAAACUAAAAGUGUUUGUAACUGAGCAAGAUCCUAAAGGGUUUCUGUCACUUUUUAACAUGAAAAUGCUGUAUUACCCUCAUCGAAGUAGCAUGUUCAACUUUGCCUCUGACCGGGCAAUUAUUUUUAGUUAAUUAUCUUGUUUUUCAGUAAAUAUGGGACAUAAGAGUACAGAGUAAUAUUUUAAAAGUAUUUUCCUCUUUUGAUAGGAAAUUUGCUAUUGGAACACUGGAAAUCUGCAGGGUUAUCUAUGGAAGGUAUUCGUAGACAUCAUAUUAUUGAGACUGCGACAGUUUGUCACAUAUAUGAUAGUAAAGGAGAAGUGGCAGCAGGUGUUGCUAACGUUGAGGCCGUUGAGAAAUUUCUUACGACCACGUGGAUACAUAACUUCAAAUACAAUAUUCUGUCUGCCCCAGUUUUGCUGCUAGAUGCAAACUUGAAUCCUUCUGUUCUGCAAGCAUCUUGUCGAAUUGCAGCUGAAGGUAACACUCCAGUGUGGUUUGAGCCGGUCUCAGUGUUGAAAUCUAGAAGAAUUGCUUCAAUUGUCAAUUAUAUUACAUUUGCAUCACCCAAUGAGGAUGAACUCAUAGCGAUGGGAAUUGCAGUGUCAGGGGCUGAUGUAUUCCAUCCAAUAGAAAAAUCUAAUGGCUGCCUAAAGCUAUCCUUAGAAGCUAUGUUUCAAAGGCUAAAACCUGCAAUUUCAGUCCUCCUGGACAAAGGCGUCAAAGUAUUAAUCGUGACCAUCGGAUCCAAUGGGGCAUUCUUAUGCUUCCAAGAAAUGGUUAACAUCAAGAAACAUGUCGGUUUCAGAGGGAAAACACACCCUCUGUCCUUUAGAAAAGAGUUAUUUGAAGCCGUGACAUCAAAGUGCCCUCAAAAUCACGCCUUUAACAGUUUCUUUAAACGCGAAUCGAAGUCGGAUUUGUUUGCUGUGCAUUUUCCGGCAUUGUCUUCGACAUCAGUUGCCAGACUCACCGGGGCGGGCGAUUGCUUGGUGGGUGGGACCCUGGCAUCUUUUUGUGCUGGUUUAGAUUUCAUGCAGAGUUUAGCCGUCGGGAUUGCAGCAGCUAAAGCUGCUGUAGAAGUGGAUUCCAAUGUGCCUGCGGAGUAUUCAUUGUCCAAACUUGCAGAUGAUGCUGGGAUUAUAUACGCUGGUGCCAGACCAAUAUUUUGCCCUUCCAUGUUGUAGAUUGUAGCUCCCUAUCAUUUCAUACAUGUAAAAGUCAUACUUUUUUUUUGACAAAUGUAAAAGUCAUACUUAUUAUCCUGAUAAGUAUUUUUUUGCAAAGCAAUAUGCAAAAAAACAAUAUUUAUCAUGGUAGUAAAUAUUUGCCUACCACACUAUAUUUUUGUUGACUAUUUGAUCCUAAUAUAUUACGAGUACCAAU